AUGUUCAGAUCAGACUCGAAUGCUGAGGACCUUGAAGGAUUUGCUGGUGCUGGUCUUUUUGACUGUGUAAUUAUGGACAAGGUUGAGAAAGUGGUGUUAGACUACUCCAAGGAUCCAAUUAUUUCUGAUAAACCAUUUCAAACCUCACUCUUCUCAAGAAUUGCAGAGGCAGGAAAAAUCUUAGAGGACCUUUAUGGUUUCCCUCAGGACAUUGAAGGCGUGGUUAAAGAUGGGACAAUAUUUGUGGUUCAGGCAAGACCACAAAUUUAA